AUGGCUGUGAUUGAAGGUAUUAGUGCCACGAUCUUGGAUUCGCGCGAUCUCAUUAAUGUUGUCGUGCAGAUCAUCGAUACCGACGGUGUCGAGGGAGUCGGUGAGUCGUGGUGGGGUAUCGCCGACAACGAGGAGCUAGCUCGAGCGGGACGGCCAAUGGCAUCGGUCGUGAACGAUCUCAUCGCGCCAAGAGUUAUUGGCCGCGACGCCGAGGAUAUUGAUGGCAUCUGGGCCGAGACAGCCAACUGGGGCUAUCGCUAUGGGGAUCAGGGACUGUUCACCAUGGGCCUUGCAGGAGUCGACCUUGCGCUUUGGGAUUUGCGAGGCCAGCGAGCUGGACGCUCCGUGUGCGAUCUGCUCGGCGGACCGCUGACCGACUCACUGCCGGCAUAUGCGAGCCUGCCGUGGUUUCGGUCAGCAGACUUGGUGCUGCGCGAGACCGCAAGGGCUGUCGACGCGGGCUUCACCGCUGUGAAGUUGCACGAGACGGAUCCCGAGUUCACUUCAUUGCUGCGCAAGCAGUUUGGCGAGGACCUCGUGAUCAUGGUCGACGUCAAUGGCCACUUCGACGUCCCGGGCGCAAUCGAGCAUGGGCGCAUCCUUGCUGACCUCGGUGUCUUGUGGUUCGAAGAACCGGUUUCACCCAUGCGCGACCACGCUGCAAUAGCCCAAGUCCAGCGCGCGAUCGAUUGCGAGCUCGGCGGAGGCGAGAACGAAUACACCCUUGCCGAUUUCGAGCGCUUACUCACCGCUGUCGACCUGUCAUACGUGCAGCCGGAGCUCACGAAGAUCGGGGGCCUCACCCCCGGCCGCGCCAUAGCGGAGUCGAUAGCGCGCCAUGGACGGUCGCUGUGCCCUCACAAUUUUCGACUGGGACCGUCAUGCGCUGCAUCUAUCCAUUGGGCGUUCGCAUCACCGGGCAGCAGUUGGAUCGAGCUGCCAUGGUUCCCCGCUGACAAGCAAUUCUCACAUCCGAUGGAGAUCCCUCCGCUGGUCGACGGUUGUGUUGGUGUGCCCGACGGUCCCGGCUUCGGUCUCGGCCCCCUGGCUUAG